AUGUUUUUAAGGAAACUACUUUUCCCCAGCUUUUUUUUUACAUGUGUCCGAUACCUUUUUCUACUAACACAAAUUGAAAACAAAAAAAUAAAAGUUUAUUAUCCUUUCAAUAAAGGGUCUUAUGCAAUUGAAAUUUUAAAACGAAAAAAUAUUUCCGUUCGUCAGAAAAAAAAAUACGUAACGGUGAAAAAUAAGAACACAAAACGUCACUAUCAACUAGCCUUUCUUGUAUUUGAUAUAAUAAAGAUAUUCGGACGCAUUUCAGAUAAGGAAUUGCUGGGGCAUGUGAUAGCGCACAAUAAUGAGUUCAUAGAACUAGAGAAAAAGAAAAAAAAAAAAAGAUGGGAAUAUUUAUUUAAUAAUGACUGCAUAAAUUUUGAUGUCUUAAAAAUUUUUUUAAAAAAUAAUAAAUUUGAAUGGCCUCUGACGAUAAACUCUGGCCAGAUUAAAGACCAGGGAGCCAUAAACAUUCCAGUGUCUCCCAUUGUUUAUGUCGAGAAUUGCAGAAAAAUAAAUGAACAGUUUAAGAGUAAAAAUAAAAAUAAAAAAAUUAACUUGAAAAUAAUAAAUGACCAUGUCAGCGAAUUGCCCAUAUCAAACGAUGCUAUACAAUGUGUAUUUUCUUCCUUUAGCGACUCUGAUAGCUUAACGAAAGAUCAUUUCAUAAAUAAAAUUCACGAGUGGGCCCCGUCUGACGUCGACUGGUACACCUUCGUCUACAACUUAAGAGAGGAGCCCUCGGAUAACAUUAAAAGAUUCUUUGACUAA